CCGGACGUGCAUUCAUUCACUCCUCGCGUACCACACUAUGGGUUUACAGUUUGCUUCUUCAUAUGUGCAAGAUUUGGUGACUUUUGGUUAACUAAAAGAUAUCAUACGAGAAGUAAUAUACAUUCCUCGCCAUCUACGUUGUAUUCUAACGGGGUUCGCGACUGUGUCUAUAAAGAUCUUUUGGAGGUGGAUCCAACUUUUUUGGCAUUGCAGGACGGCCCCACCAGUUAGCACCGCGUCGACAUGUGGACGAUAAAAGUCCUGCCUCAUGACCAGAGUCAGGCGGGAAAUAGGUCACCCCCUCCUGCAGUGCAACAUCCGAGUGACCCUGACCUUGUCCACAGUUUCAAGAAAAGAAUGGCCGACAGAUUGAGCAGGGCCAGGCAAACUGUGGUUCCCUCCGUGAUUGGCUGCAUGGUCCUACAGGCUGUGGUAGCGUUCUUCACGUAUACGUCAGACAACACAUUCAAUAGCUUCAUUGACGCGUCCAACGACUUCAGCGAGGACAAAAGACAUGACCGCUUCACAUUGCAAGUGGUCUUUAAUAUCUUCCACGCUUUCGCCUUUGCUUUGAUGUCUGGUAUUGUUCUACGGAAACCGUCACACACGCUCGGAAAAUGGCCUGAAGUCUUUUCCCUCAAACCCUUUUAUGCGUUGACCAUCAUAUACUUUUUCUCACAGAUUGCCCUCGUGCGUGUGUCUGUCCCACUGUCUAUGAUCUACUACACGGGCAGAGAUAACUACAAGAUUGCUCUCCCCUUCCUAGAGGUCGCCGGCGGCUUGGGAGGUCAGGUGGCCUAUCUCAUUCAAGCCAACCCGCCUGGAGACACCGGCUUUGAUGAGUCCUGGUACGUCUGUGCAGUGACAUUGGUGUUUUUUGGUGUGGGUGGUCUACUGCUGCUGCAUUUUUUCCCCGACGAUUGGGCGCACAUCCACGCACAGGGUGACGAGGAUGUCGAGGAAGAAAUUGAAGCCAUAGAGAAUGAAGCUUUUGAGCCGGAUUUCGAGUGAAGGGGAGUGUGGAAGCAAAAGCCUACGAUGUCUUAAUGCUUGUACUUUCACGAACAAAUUGGUUAAGGGUUGUUAGCACUCCUGCAAAUAUUUUGUCCUGCUCAGUUGUACCAAAGACAGCAUCUGUGGCUGUACGAAGUCCAAGAAUUCAUUUUUAGAGCAGCUUAGUACAAACGAGGACAUACUGUUAACCUGAGGCACCUCUUGUAUGUGUUCCAAGAAUGUUUUGUCAAAAUGCAAGUUAUGCCUGCUGUAAGAAAAAGAAAAAGAAAAGCUUGGUCGCAAUUUUUAAACGAAUGAAGCAUUUUUAUCGCUUUAAAAUGCUUUUUUUGUCUGAAAGAAGUUGAAUAGCUUGCCAACGAGUUAGAUUUGAAACCUAAGAAAUUCAUAUUUUACACACAGGAGAAAAUAGUACACUUCUGAUAAGGGGGUGGUGCAUAUCUAAUGUGUAACAGCCUACUCGCAAGUCUUCGGCUAAUCUGUGAUAAUGAGAAACCCUGAUACUAAUUUAGAAAGGUUUUCAAAUGUUAAUGUUGAUCAUAUCUUUCUGUUAAAUUGAUUAUUGUUCGUACUGUGUUGUGUUUAAUAACAGCCUUCAGAUUCG